CACACACACACACACACACACACACACACACACACACACACGUCUGCUGCAAUAUAAGUACAGUUUAUCUUGAAAGAUUUUGCAAAUGAUUGACAUGUAGUCUGAGGGCAGAGGUCACAGGUUUGCUUGCUGUCACUGCGGUGACCUCUGUGUUGUUGUCAUGGUGACAGGUGGUAUUUUGGGAAGAUGGGGAGGAAGGAUGCGGAGAGACAGCUGCUGGGCAGUAGCAACCAGAGGGGAACUUUCCUCAUACGAGAGAGCGAGACCACCAAAGGUGCUUACUCUCUGUCGAUCCGUGACUGGGACGAUAACAAGGGAGACCACGUCAAACAUUAUAAGAUCCGCAAACUGGACAAUGGUGGCUACUACAUCACCACGAGAUCACAGUUCGACACAGUGCAGCAGCUGGUAGAGCACUACACAGAGAGAGCGGCGGGACUGUGCUGCCGUUUGAUUGGCAACUGCAAGCGGGGCAUGCCUAAGCUGGCCGACUUAUCAGUGAAGACCAAGGAUAUGUGGGAGAUUCCCCGCGAAUCCCUCCAGCUGAUUAAAAAACUGGGCAAUGGCCAGUUUGGAGAAGUCUGGAUGGGCAUGUGGAAUGGUACCACCAAGGUAGCGGUGAAGACUCUAAAGCCAGGGACCAUGUCCCCCGAGGCCUUCCUGGAGGAGGCUCAGAUCAUGAAGAGACUCCGCCAUGACAAGCUGGUGCAGCUCUACGCCGUCGUGUCUGAGGAGCCCAUCUACAUUAUCACCGAGUUCAUGAGCCAAGGAAGCUUGUUGGACUUCUUAAAAGAUGGGGAGGGGCAGGAUCUUAAGCUGCCUCAACUGGUGGACAUGGCUGCACAGAUUGCAGCUGGAAUGGCAUACAUCGAGAGGAUGAACUACAUCCAUCGUGACCUGCGAGCAGCUAACAUACUUGUUGGAGACAACCUGGUGUGCAAGAUUGCUGACUUCGGCCUGGCCCGGCUCAUCGAGGACAACGAGUACACAGCCAGACAAGGGGCGAAGUUCCCCAUCAAGUGGACGGCUCCUGAAGCUGCAUUGUACGGACGCUUUACCAUCAAGUCAGAUGUCUGGAGCUUUGGCAUCCUACUAACUGAACUCAUCACCAAGGGACGUGUGCCAUACCCAGGCAUGAACAACCGUGAGGUGUUGGAGCAGGUGGAGAGGGGCUACAGGAUGCCCUGUGCCCCGGGCUGCCCCGCCUCGCUCCAUGAACUGAUGCUGCAGUGCUGGAGGCGAGAGGCUGAUGAGAGGCACACCUUUGAGUACCUGCAGUCCUUCCUGGAGGAUUACUUCACGGCCACAGAGCCGCAGUACCAGCCCGGAGAAAAUCUGUGACCACACACGUGUAGGACAGAUGUGGAGCAAUAAACGGACAAACAUAAAGAGAAAGACAGACGUGGGAUGUAUACAUGCAGACACACCAAUAUGCCUUCAUUGUAUUUGUAUUCUUACUGUGCACACACACACACACACGCACACACACACUAACAUAUUAAGAUACAUAUCAUUGCCUUGUUUUAUUGUUUAAAGACAGUUUCCUCCUUUUGGUUAUUGAUCACUGUAGUGCAACCCAUUCAGGACAGUUCAGUCAACCAUGUUGAAGAGCGGAGUCGGAUCUCUGCUGAUCAGGCCUUGCAGUAAUGUUGCUUUACUCUGUAACCAUGACAACAAGGAACCGAAAGAAGAUGUAGAUGGUUGUGUUGAGGUGGGGCGGGGGGGGGGGGAGUGAAGUUGGUACAUGAUUUUUGUUCAGCUGCCUUAAAUGUCCAGGUCCCUUUUCUGAUUUCUGUCUCUGGGGAGAGCAGCUUCGAAGGACAACUGUUUGCCUGAGAGAAAGGUGUUGAUAGAGAAACGAUGGACGGUGCAACAGGUUUCAGACAACAUUAAAUAAACCUCGUGAACUUGUGUGAUGGAUUAUGUAUGCAGACACUGUGAGAUAUAAUAAGAUGCUUCCUCUUACUAUAUUCUAAAAAGGCUGUUGAACUGAUCCAUGUCCAUCACCUGAAAGGGGGAACUGAUUUCAAACUUGCUCCAACAUCUGCUUUAAAGUGGUCAAAUUAAGGUUGUUUUAGCAUUUAAAGUACCUUCAAUACUGUGUUAGUAAAGUCUGAGGGGAGAGAUGGUAAGGAAUGCUCUUUGUUUGUCUGAUAAUUUGAAUGACAAUUUAGUAUGAACUGUCUCUGUUGCUGUUUUAAUUUAACUCCGAUAUAUCUGUGCAACACAAAGACUUAUAUAUUAACAUGUACACAGUUUUCAUGCAUUCAGGGUGAAAUGUUACACAUAAAGGGGAACGAUCAAUGCCGGUGGUCUUUGGAAGGAAAGUGUUUUAAAUCUGUUUUGUUUUGACUAUAGAGUGUAACCUUUAUGUGAUUUUAUGAGAUUCCCUGUUAUGUUAUUGUAAUAAAAAUCAAAUAUCUUUUCCAGGUUAA